CUCGGCAUGGCUGCGGCUGAGGAACCGCGGCCUCCCCUCAGCCUGUGGGAGCAAAUCUGCGCAGAAUAUGAAGCAGAACAGCCUCAACAUCCUGACAGUAUUAAACAGAAAGAGGAGCCCUUGCCUUUCAUUCAGGCUCCUCUGAUACCUUUAAGUGCUGAUGAGGGUGAAUCACCAACUGAGGAAUGGGUUCCUUUGGGGCCCCCUUCUCCCAUCAUGAUCCUGCCAUCGCCUGAACUACCCAAUCUGAAAACAUGUUCUCCAAGAGAAUUUUUAGAACACUUUAUAUUUCCAGUGCUUCUCCCAGGGAUGACGGAACUGUUGCAUCAGGCUAAGAAGGAAAAAUGUUUUGAGAGAAAAAGGACAAAAUUUAUUGCCCUUGAUUUCCUGACUGAAUGGUUGUACAACCACAAUCCACAGAGGAAAGAUGAACCAUUUGUAGAAUUCUUUGAGAUCCCCUUUGUGAAGGAUUGGCUAAAGGAUCAUCCUAGACCACCAGUUCCAAUUUCUCUGCUGUUAUCUGAAGAGGAAGCAGGCAUCAUAAUUCAGUCGUUUUGGAGGGGUUAUCGGGUCCGCUGUGAACUAGAGGUUCAAGAAUUACGUCAGUGGCAAAAACAUCUGAGAGAAACCAAGAACAUUACAAAACGGGUGCAAGAGUUCUGGGUCAGACAAGAGAAAAAAAUGGGAACCAAGAUAGAAGAGUCAACACAGCCCUCACCAAUUCAAUCAAAAAAUUCACUACUGGAACUUGCCCCUGCCUCCACCUCCCAGAUCACAGAGAAGGAUGAGAGCCUGAAUCUGCAUUGACAAUGUUUGUAGGCCAUCCCCCUCCCGGGGGUGGGGGUGGGAGGAAGGAGUUGGGCCUUAAUGUGCUGUUUAAUUAUGCUGUCAAAAAACUCCUUAUCAGCUGCUGACUGAUAGGAAUUUUUACCUGUAUCAGAGUGUUAAUACAGACCUGAAGCACCUAACCAGUCUAGUCUUUCAAAGUUGAACUCCAUCCAACAGAACCAAGAAGUCAGUUCUCAUCUCAUAUAAUCCAAGAGUCCUGUAACCUGAGCUUGAUCUCAUCAAAUUCAGUGUGAUGGACCAAACCUGGCCAUUUUGGUUUAAGUGGAGGCUGUGAAUUGGGUUGAAAGUGAUCAAUGAUCCAGGCAUCAACUGAAGUUCUGACAGAGCUAGUGCUGUAAUCUUCAUAGGAUGCUGGGGGAGAUAAAUGUCCAUUGUAUUCUCCUAAAAAUUUCUGUUAGAGGGAACAGAAGACAAUCGGGGGUUUCUACCCAGUUUUCACACUAUCGUAUAGUAAUAAAGAGCCUGCUGAAGCUGGGAAUGUCAAUCCAGCUGUUUUCUGCUGCCCCCCUGCUUAAACACACACCAAUGUCAAGGCAGUAUGAUCUAAUCAAACUCAUCCAUUUAAGUGGAACCCUUUGUCCUGGAGUUAAAACUUUUGCAGGAGUCACAGGCACACAACAAGAUGGCCACUGCUUUUAAAAACAAGUUCAAGCAUCCUUGGUCACCAUGAGCGUGUCAUCAGAGUUAACUGAAGGUUCUGCUGUCCCCAGUUCUUCUGAACAGCUGGCAGCCUCUCAUCUUCAGAAACUGGGGCUGCAGACCACAGAACGUUGCAGCAGCUAGGACCGCUAG